CCACAGCAGUCUAGUUGUGACCAAUCACAGCCCGCAAUUCAGGCUCAGGUUCAACCAUCUUGAACGUCUCUUCCCCAAACAGCCAGCCGUGAAGGUUGGUAGAGUUGUCAACUAACCCCCUCUCCGAGAUCCCGCGGGAGAUCACCACACUCACCCAAGAUGAACGUCACCCCUCUGGCUAGACGGCCUCUAAGCUGUCUCAAGACCAGCCUCCUCCGCCAGGCGAGACAACAAAAGAUGUUUUCCCGCUCCUUGGCGACAGAGGUUCAAGCUGCUGCUGCUGCUGCUGCUACAUCAAAAACACCAUCACAAGGCCCCGACCAGAACUUUUACCGACUAGUCGACAAAAAAACCAAGUCCGUCCGCUCCGCCUUCGCCCUCUACCCCCCACCCCUCGCCGCCGCCGGCAAGCCCCUCUCCCCCCCCUCCACUACCAACCCCGUUGCUGCCCUCCACGACCUUCAAAUCAAAAAGCUCGACCCCACCGGCGCCCGCACCGCCCUCUUCGCCCGCACCCGCGAGGCCGCCAAAGUAGGCGACAUCCUCCUCGUCACCCACCGCCGCGGCGGCGAGCCCUUCGCCGGUGUCUGUCUCUCGAUCCGCAGGGCAGGUAUUGACACUGCGGUGCUGCUGCGGAACCACAUCGGCAAGGUGGGAGUAGAGAUGUGGUUCAAGAUUUACAACAGGAACGUUGCCGGGAUUGAGAUUGUGAAGAGGAGGUUGAAGAGGGCGAGGAGGGCGAGGUUGACAUAUAUGAGGAAGCCGAAGCAUGAUAUGGGAAGUGUGGCUGAGUUUGUGUCUGCUUGGAGGAAGAGCAGGAGGGUGUUCCAGACUAAGGGGGCCAAGGGGAAGGCUGCGGGGCAGGGUGGGCAGGGUGGGAAGAAGAAGAAAUGAGGGUGAGGAUAGAAGAGGUGAAGGGGAGGGGGCA